CGAGCGAACAAGACACGCGCGGCAUCAAAGUACACAACAAAGUACACAAAAACAAACAAAACAAACAGAGAGAGGUAAAGAGAAAGAGAGAGACACAGCAUUCAUCCCAUCUAACAGAUUGAGGCAACUUUAAAGAUACAUUUACGAGAGUGCUAAUAAAAGUAAAGUCUGUUAACUGUUUGGCAAAUGUGCGAACAAUGGCAAAGAUGUGAAGUGUAAGCAGGCAGAGGAAGAGCUCCCAGGAAGUAUUGCACACAACUUGCCAACAGCAGAGAGAGAGAGAGUGAAUUUAUCAUCUUAAAUCCCUCUUCAAACAAAUACAAAAUGAAUGCCAGCGAUGAGUGGGUGGCGAUGGAGGAGCAAACGGAGGAGGCACCGCAGGCUGAGCUGCAAAUGGAGAAAAAUAGUUCUGCCCUGAGUCUUCGCACACAUCCCACAGUGGAGGAGUAUUAUGGGAAUAUGACUGCCUUCCUUAGCUUGGCCAUCUUCAUUGCCAGCCUGCUGACCAUCCUCAAUAUAUGCAUCUACUCGACCACAGUGUCGCGGUUGAGGCGCCACCUGAGCAAGCCACUGCGUACACCCUCCAUACUGAUGGUGAGCCUCUAUCCGAUUAUCUCGGUGGCCGCACUGGUUACCAUACUGGUGCCGUACUCCUGGUUUAUGUGCCACACGGUGAUGCAUGUAAUGUUCAUGGUGGGUGGUCCCAUAUUCCGCUCACUGCUCUUCCGCUACGUCGACUCCGAGCAGAACUAUGUGAAGGAGUCGGGCGGUGAGGCGGUGCAGCUGAGCACACCGCCCUGCUGCUGCUGGUGCCUCUGCCUGCCGCUGGUGGUGCCCACAAAGGCCAAGCUGUGCAUCUCACGCUACAUGGUCUGGCAGAUGCCCUUCUGGCAGGGCUCCAUUAUGCUGGUGAUGAACAUCCUGUACUAUCGGGACAUUCAGCUCUACCAUCAAGUGGUGUACUUCUUCAUACCCUUCAUCGUCAGCUCGAUUGUGCUGGGCGUGUGGUCUCUGCAGAUCACGGUGCGAAUGGUAACGAAGCUGCGCGGCGACUAUCAGCUGCGGAAGAAGAUGUUCUGCCUUCAGCUGGUCGUGAUGCUCUGCAAGCUGCAGUAUCUGGUGCUCUACGAUCAGCUCGAUGACAUCAAAAUGGGCGGAGAGUAUCCCAUCAAUCACACUGUCUACAAGCAAACCAUCAUCAAUAUCUUGAUACUGGUGGAAAUGGUUUUGGUCUCCAUGAUGGUGCAGAGCGCCUAUCGUACACCCAUUCAAGUGCAGAUCGAUGAGGUCAACAAGGACAAGGAAAUCACUCGCAUUUGAGAUGAUUGGGGGUCAAACAACAGUUGGUAGCAACAAAUUGUGAUAAUUUCAAUAAAGAAAAUGUAGUUAAAUGUA